UGGUUCCAUUCAUUCAGUCUUUAUCUUAGGGCUGGGUAUCCUAGUAACAUGUUUGCUGAUGUACAUUGAUGCCACAACAGUGCAAUUUUUAAAAACAAGCAUAGCUGCCGUCAGUGGGAAUUUCUUAAUUUGAUGUUAAUGCUUAAAAUGUGAAGUGAUUUUAAAAGCUUAAUCACAUGUUCUUACCCAGCCCUGCUUGUUCCUAAUGGUGUAUUUGUUAUAAAUGUAUGGGUAUGAGUAUCCUUGCAGUUCGUAUUCUUGUAAAUCAUUCUGUAUCACCCGACCUGCAUACAUGCAGAAAGACCUGCAUGCCAUUCCAAUAUUUUUGCUUUCUUGGGUUACUAAUUCCACAGACUUAAUUCCAGCUGAGCCCCUCAUGAUGGUUGUCAUUUUGGUGAUGGGUUUGACAGUUUUGGUCACUGUGGUUAUUUAUUCAGCAUCUCCCUCCUUCAUUGUGUUCUUCAUUAAUUUGAUUUGGCUGCUCAUGCGUUUCCUUGUCCCAGUUUGACCUGUGUGAAUUAGAAAAUUACAAUCUGCUUUUAUUUGCAUGAGAAAGUGUUGCUACAACACGGCCGACAUUUCAAGUAUAUCAUUUGAAGUGCAGGACUUUGCUAAAUCUUUUCUUAGGUGUUUACUGUAGUUGUCCAUACGUCAUGUCGUAGUCCAAGCAAAUUAAAAUGCACAUAUGUAAAAAUGUUUCUCUUUUUUAUGCCCUGUAGCUUCUUUGGUGAUGUUCUUGCAAUGUUUAUUUGAAGACGUAUGAAUUAUUCUCAUUCACUGUUUACAUUUUAGCCCAAAAAGGUAGAGACAACAACGUUCAGCCUCCUCUUCAGUCUGACAUUAAGGCUUUUUGUGCUAUUGAUUUUUGCCCACUGUAAAAACGUUAUGCACUGAUUUAGCAAUGUACUCUUAUAGCACUGGCAGAUGCAGAAUAGACAGUUGGAAAACUAAAGAUCAAUGCCAGCAGUACUUGAGAUAAUUUCUUUUUUUAUUCCAUGCAUUCUCCUGCUUUGCACCUACAUCACCCAGAAUGUAACUUGAUCACAGCUCAGUGUGAGAUCUGGGUUUUUUGUUGUUACAUAAGUCGCACCUAGUGAGCUGCUUUCCUUAAGCAGAGAUGAGGAACAGGCUUCAGAGGUCUGGUAAGCUCACCUCUAUGUACCCCAAGAUUUUUCUUAUUAUUUUUUUCAUUCUAAAGAUUGCAGUCUUCAGACAGCACUAACUCAAGUGACAUCUGUUAAAGCAGUUCAGCAGCUUUCAUGCAGCUCCCUUGAAGGCUCACAUGCCAUGGUGCUUCAGAACAGAUGUAAAUACACUUUGAUGUGUAAAAUCUUUGGACAUUACAUUUUUCCAGCACUACACAAAGAAUAUUUUUGUGAACUGAAUUACUACAAAUGCAAAGUUCGCCAGCACCUCUUUAGAAAGCAUCAGUUUGACACCUAAUAAGCUUGGAUUAAACAGACAAAAAAUAAUUUAGAAAAGCUUUUUUAAACCCCUAAUCACACUGUUGUUUAAAAAUUGAACUAGCUUUCCUCUUCACCCCACUCCAGUAGUAUUCCCUCUAUGUUGCCUUAACAGUGGAUCCAGUCGACCAGUUUGUGUCCUUAAUAUCAGUUCGAUUGGUAUUUUCUUAAUUUCUCUCUAAUUUAGUAUUUUUUUUUCCUGCUUGUGUUUUGUUUUUCUAAUCAUAUUUAACUGUCACAUUCUGGCAACUCUGCAGGAUCACAAAGUGUGCGUGCAUAUGAGAAAGUGUGUGUGUGUGGGUGUUUGUGGAUUUGACGCCCGUGGGCAGCGCUGGUAACAACUCCUCUUCCUGACCCCCUGCUCUUUCCAGUGGACAACCAGCACAUGCUGCACUACAUUCGGGAUAAGACAGCGGUGCCGUAUUUCAGUAACUUGGUCUGGUUCAUCGGCAGCCAUGUCAUCGAACUGGACAAGUGUGUGCAGACAGAUGAAGAGCAUAAGAACAGAGGAAAGCUAAGUGACCUGGUAGCGGAGCACCUCGACCAUCUCCACUACCUGAACGAUAUCCUCAUUAUCAACUGUGAAUUCCUUAAUGACGUUUUAACCGACCACCUCCUCAACCGUCUCUUCCUGCCCCUCUAUGUCUACUCUUUGGUUAGUCCUGAGACGUCUGAAGAGCGAAAGAUCAACCCUCAGGUGUCCCUCUAUCUGCUGUCUCAAGUGUUUCUGAUCAUCCACUAUCAGCCACUGGUUAACGCCCUCGCCGAUGUUAUUCUCAACGGGGACUUGUCUGUCUUCACCCCGCAGACAGACAUACACAGCGCGCACAAAAACACGGUCAGCGCAGCAGGUGUCCGGCGGUUCAUCAAGCCCCCAGAGUCUCUGGAGCGCUCCCUGGAGCUGUCUCGCCACCGUGGCCGCAAGAGAACACAGAAGAGGCCAAACUACAAGAACCUGGGCGAGGAGGAGGAUGACGAAAGAGCAGGGGGAGGAGGUGGCAGUGGAGGAGGGUUAGAGGAAGGCUGGGACGAUGACAGCGGCAGAGGAGGAGAGAGGGAAGGAGGCCGAGAGAGGGAGAAGGGAAAAGGUACAGAGGGAAUAGGAGGAGGAGGAGGAGGUGGGAGUUCUAAGGGAAGCAGAGCGAGUGGGGAGACGGCGGAAGAGAUCGAGAUGGUGGUGAUGGAGAAGUGUAAAGUGUCAGAGCUCACGGAGCAGAACAUCACCGAUGAGGAAAAGACCGCCGCAGCCACCCGCACACACACUCAGAGGAGCAGGCCGUUCUUAGACAUGGUGUACAGUGCCCUGGACUGCACCAAUGAUGACUACCACGCACUGUUUGUCCUCUGCCUGCUUUAUGCAGUGUCACACAGCAAAGGCAUAAACCGUGAUCUUCUGGAGCGUUUGCAGUUGCCAGUUCCAGACCAGGAGAGGAGCUCGUACAGCCUGGUGCUGGUUGAAAGACUAAUCAGAAUUAUGAACCAGGCAGCGCAGCCGGACGGUAAAGUGCGUCUCGCCACCCUUGAGUUGAGCUGCCUUCUAUUAAAGCAGUCUGUGCUGUCUGGAAACGACUGUAUAAUCAAAGAUGUCCAUCUGGCCUGCCUGGAGGGUGCCAGAGAAGAAAGUCUGCAUUUGCUGCGAAGAUUCUACAAAGGGGAGGAGAUCUUUCUGGACAUGUUUGAAGAUGAAUACAGGAGCAUGACGAGUAAACCGCUGAAUGUGGAAUAUCUAAUGAUGGAUGCCUCCAUACUGCUGCCCCCCACUGGCACCCCUCUGACUGGCAUCGACUUUGUCAAGAGACUUCCCUGUGGAGAUGUGGAGAAGACACGCAGGGCGAUUCGAGUGUUCUUCAUGCUGCGGUCUUUAUCACUUCAGCUUCAGGGAGAACCCGAGACUCAACUCCCGCUCACCAGACCUGAAGACCUUAUCAAGACAGACGACGUGUUGGACCUCAAUAACAGUGACCUUAUAGCCUGUAUGGUGGUCAGUAAAGAUGGCGGCCAAGCCCAGAGGUUCCUGGCUGUAGACGUGUACCAGAUGAGUCUGGUCGAACCAGAAACCAAACGUCUCGGGUGGGGUGUCGUCAAGUUUGCCGGCCUCUUGCAAGACAUGCAGGUGUCUGGCGUUGAGGACGACAGCAGAGCGUUAAACAUCGUCAUCCAUAAACCCAGCUCCAACCCCCACGCCAAGCCCCUGCCCAUCCUGCAGGCCAACUUCAUCUUCGCCGACCACAUCCGCUGCAUCAUCGCCAAGCAGAGGCUGGCCAAAGGUCGCAUCCAGGCACGGCGCAUGAAGAUGCAGAGGAUCGCAGCUCUGUUGGACCUUCCUGUGCAGCCCAGUGCCACAGAAGUGUUGGGUUUUGGUCAGACAGCCAACGCUUCGCCCAGCGGGUUGCCAUUUAGAUUCUACGAGCAGUCGAGACGGGCGCCCAAUGACCCAACGGCAAACAGAUCGGUUUUUGCCUCCGUUGAUAAAGUACCAGGUUUUGCGGUGGCUCACUGUGUGCCACAGCACAGUCCCUCACCCCUCUCCUCCCCCUCGCCUCCCUCCAGUGGGAGUGGGAGCACAGGAAGGUGUGACUCUGUAACUGCGAGCACUAUAUCAGCUCAGAGCCCUACAGAUGAUGGUACGUUUCUGGAGCACACCCCGCCCUCGUCGUCAGGCGGAGAAGGUGAAGGAGGAGAAGUAACACUCGUGUCCUCUACUCCUUCAGCCCCGGCCCUGGCCCCGAGCCUCACCCCGGCCUCCCAGCCCACCAUCUCCCUCCUCACCGACAGCAACGCAGACACCCUCAGCGUGGAGUCGCUGACGCUGCUGCCUCCCGCUGACUCGCCGCACCUGCACCCGUGCACCGGCCACGUCCCUGGGAUCAGCUCCCUGCAGGGACCGGACGCCUCCAUUGCAGAGGAGGAGGAGGACGACGGAAGAAGAGAGGAAGAGGAGCUGAGAGACGAAGACGGAUCGCCGAUGGACGAGACGGAGACAGAUGCAACAGUAAAAGAGGAAACCACUGAGACGACCGAGCUGGUCACGCCUACUGAUGAGGCUCCAGAGGGAGUAGAAGACGAAGUCGCACCUCAGGAGGCCGACACAGACCUGCAGCAAGAAACAGACGAAGCGACAGCUCCGGAGUCUGGAGAGAAGACGGAAGACGCAGACAUAGAGAGUGAAACACCAGACUCACCUGAGCUGGAUUAGGCAACACGCACACAUUCAAAUUCAUGCACUUGUCUCCCUCACACACCGAGGACAGUGAAGUGCGAUAGAAGACCUAUCCAGCUUGGCUGCAGAAUAUUUCCAUGUAGUGUGUGAUGUGAAUAGUCUAAGAGGCUUUCGGAGGCAUCUCAACAAUUUGUGUUUGCACAUGAAGAAAGAUUCGGAAAGAGAGAGGAAAAAAAAAAAAACCAGACGCCGGUCGAACUCGAGCGGAACUCAAAGCACAUUUGGCUUUCUGUGCAUUCAAAUGUGUCGGGUCGUGUUUUCAGCCCGCGUGUGUCGAGACACGCAACCAGCAAUGUUUUUUUAAACGUUCCAAUCGAUUGUGUAUCAGCUUAAACACACACACGCCAACAUGCUACUGCUGUGAGCUGUUCAAAACACUUUUCAAAGAACUAUUUUUGUGUCUUAUGUCCACACAGCAGAUCCCUGCUCCUGUUUUGCAGCGGUGAUCACUACUAUGCUAAACACACUCAUGGUAUACAUGCAGCACACACGCAGUCAGUUGCACUCGCCUUGUCACCGUCGCAUGUCAGAUCUGUUGGCAGUUUUCUGCCACUUUAAGCUUCCGUUGGGCAGGUGGGUGUUUUUCUUCACUUACUUUAGUUCUUAUUGUUCCACAUGUAAAGUAAUCAUCUAAUUAUUUCCCGUUUACUUGUUGGAAAAUUUGUGAACGAAUCCACAGCAUAAGCAAGGAGGGAGCAGGUCUUAAACUGUAAACAUUAAUUUGACGUCGUAGCUCUCACCUCAUCUUUUUUUUAAACUUGCUAGCAAACAUUUGGACGUUGGGGUGAAGGCGGCUUUUUGGCAUUUGAGGAAAGUUGGAACAAGAAGUCGCUUGAGUGGUUUGUAACAAAGCAUUUUUUAAAAUAUGCAACAGAACCUUUGACUUCAGUGAGUUGUUUUUUCUUCUUCAUUCAUUUUACAACGCUGGUUCUCUCUAAGUGCAUAGUUUAAGGCCUGUAGGGAUUAGACAACCGCAAUCUGUUCUCAUUCACCGAGCGAAUCAACAAUCAGCAGCAUGACUAACAAAAGAGCGGAUGUGAAACAUAUUACCGGAGGGAAUGCUGCUGAAUGAGUGACGUAGUACUUAUGCAUAAUAGUUCUUCACCGAGUGGUCAGUUCAUGCUGUGAUUUAUUCAUUUGUUCUUUCAGUCUAUAGCGACACAGGUUACUAAUUAAAAAUCUUAAGUAUCGUUUGGUAUAUUUAGAAGAAUAAGUAAAAAGUUGAUUUUGUGUGAGGUUCAAAGACUUCUACAGUAUAUUAGUCAGUGUGCUAGUCUUGUCAGGUGUGUCAGGAUUCAUGAGAAAACAUCAGAAUCUUCAUUUGCAUCUUCAGGUCUGCACACGAGCAGAGCAACACUUGGGUUGAAUGUAUCCGCCGGUUGCCCCUGAGACGCUGACAUAAGCUCAGUUUUGUUUAGCACCUCACUAAGCAUGUUUUCUAUAAUAUGAAAAACAAAAUGCCGAAAAACUAUUUAAAAAAAAAAUAAAAUUCCAGCUACUGGCAAACUAUAAAAUCCUGAUUCCCUAAGAAAUAGAAAUUACAAGGUAAACUAAUUAUCCCAAAAACACACAAACCUCAGUGUUUUGAUUGUUUCGUCACCCCACAGUUGUGUUUAAAACCUGGAAAUACUCAAAUAGCUCCAAGUAAGACGGAAAACAUUUUCAUUUCUUUCUGUUUCUCGGAACCCAGACGCAGGUCAGUGUCGAGGGGCAAACCUCUCUUUGCCCCCCUCCUUUAAUCAGAUGAAUGAAGCUUUACUACUGCAAUAAUCUUAAGAGCUAACCAAUGAGGGGAGAGACGAAUGUAACGGACGACCUCUCUCCUAACAGCAGUGUUUGAUCCAUUUGAACGGGAGCGGUGUAUUUUAACCUUAAUUCACGUCUUGAUUUGUACAUUUUUUGGAACAAAGCACACUCGGAUUUCCAUUUAGCUAUCUCCUCUUCCUUUUUAAAUCUGUUUCUCCUCCUCCUGCCUUUGCUUUCCAGCCCUCUUUUUUUUUUUCUUCUUCUUCUUUCUGUGCCAUCAUCACACAGCUGAAGUCUUAACGCUCGAUCAUUCUUAUUUUUUAACUCUGUACAGUCCUCAACAAGUUUCUAAAUGAGAAAUUCAGAGCAAUACUCUUUUUUUUUUUUUUUUGGAGUCUGUCUCUUAGUAUUUCCAUCUCGUUACUGUAAAUAGCAACAGAAUGAUAGUGAUGAUCACUGACAUGCUGAAGAGGCUCGGCACACUUUCUAGAGUCGCCUGCAACCGCCGGCAACCUCGACGAAAACGUGCCACGACAAGCUUCCAUUAUUAAGUCUCUGAUUGUAGUGUGUGUGUGUGUAUGUAAUAUGUUUGUAUGCUCUGUAAAUGCUCUGAGCUUUUAAAUCUGUAAUUAUUGUUAAUGAACCGAAACAGAGGAAUAAAUAAAGAACUGCAAUAAAUUAUUCUACUUAACAACAGUGA